AUGUCGCACUCCGUCGUUAUAACACGUACAACCACCACCACCACCAGCACAUCACAUGUUGUGCUCAACACAGGCUAUCUCCGUACAACGCCCGGCCUUCUAAAGCUUGCCCAAUUGAUUAUUGGUGCAGUGAAUGUCGGUCUGGUUGCGUACUACAUUCGGCGCUACCCGACCUCGAGUCUUCCAGCAAGUGCUGAGUUCUUCUUCCUGCUCAUGGCGGUCGCUUUCCUGAUCGGGACGUUCUGUCUGCUGGCAUCCUGUCUCGUAUCACUCAGCACCGGCGGUAUCAUCUCGAAGACCAUCUAUGAGCUAGUCUAUCACACGAUCGCUUUUCUGCUGUACCUCAUCGCCUCGAUUAUGCUGCUGGUUGACGUCACUAACGGGCGAUACUAUCACACCAUCAAAGAUGCGUACAUGGCCGCCGCGAUCCUUGGACUGAUCGUGUCCGCACUCUACCUCUUCAGCGCACUCCUCGCUCAACGUUCCUACCGGGGUAUCUAA